GAAGAUACCAUGGAUUGAGGGAUCAAGGAGGGCAGAGCAAAACUUGAGCGGUAGAGGAAGAGAGACGUUGGAGAACAAGGUUCUGAUUUGCUUGGCCUGAAAUCCAGAGCGGGAAGCAGUUAUUGAAGUGCUCUGUGGACCUUCUUGGGGAGCAGUGCUGAGGAGCUGCCUCUGGCUUGGUGUAUGAGGAAACCAGACAUGAAGCUCCUGUGGCUGACUCUGCUCUUCCAGCUCUUCGCCUGGGUCCCCGCAGCCAAGGGGGCUGCUCUCAACAGCAUGGAAGAGGAAGAAGCCCUGGAUUUCCUGCUGCAGUUUGGAUACUUACAGCAGCCGCUAGAAGGGUUCUCACAUAAGUUCACAGAAGAGGAGAUCGAGGCUGCUUUGAGAGCUUUUCAGCUUGCUUCAGGACUGCCAACCACUGGGCAGGUGGACAUGGCAACCCUCUCCCAGAUGAAGCAGCCCCGCUGUGGUGUGGAGGACCCCUUCAAUGAAAGGACCCUCAAAUAUCGCCUCUUGGGUCGUUGGCAUAAGAAGCAUCUAACUUACAGGAUCCACAGUUACAGCAAAGACUUGGGGAUCCCUGCCACACGCACUGCUAUCCAGACAGCAUUCAAGUACUGGAGUGAUGUGACCCAGCUCACUUUCCAGGAGGUGCGCACUGGCCGUGCUGACAUCCGCCUGUCCUUCCAUGGUACUUCUCCUUGGAUCUGCUCACGGCCCUUCGAUGGACCCGGUCACGUAUUGGCCCAUGCAGAUAUCCCAGAAUUAGGAAUAGUUCACUUUGAUUCUGACGAGUACUGGACAGAAGGGACUUACCGUGGGAUUAACCUCCGCAUCAUAGCAGCCCAUGAGAUUGGCCACGCACUUGGCCUGGGUCAUUCUCGGUACCCAACUGCACUCAUGGCUCCUUCUUACAAUGGCUAUCGAUCCUUCUUUCGCCUGCAUCGGGAUGACAUUGAAGGCAUCCAGGACUUGUAUGGUAAGAAGACCCUGUCAACAACUGCACCCGAGACCUCCACUGCCCUCUCUACUGCCCCUGCCCUGAAACCUAGCAAAGUCCCUGACCCCUGCAAAGAUGAUCUGGAUGCUAUCAUGCUGGGACCAUAUGAUAAGACGUAUGCUUUCCAUGGUGAUUACGUGUGGAUGGUGACCGAUUUUGGUACCAACCCUCCAUUAAAGAUCUCAGCAUUGUGGAAGGGCCUGCCUGGGUGGCUGGAUGCCGCUGUGUACUCUCCCCGUACAGGGCGCACUUACUUCUUCAAAGGCACUAAAGUAUGGCGUUACCGGGGAUUCAAGCUGGACUACGGUUACCCUAAACCCCUCACUCGUAUCCCCGCCAAGAUAGAUGCUGCUCUCUAUUGGCCAGUAAAUAAAAAGAUAUUCUUAUUUAAGGAUACGGAGUAUUGGCAAUGGGAUGAACUGGGGAGCCAUUUCGCUAAUACCCCUAGAAAGAUCUCUACCCUCUUCACUGGCGCUCCAUCACACCUGGAUGCUGCACUAACCUGGGAGAACGGCAAGGUCUACUUUUUCAAGGGACAGAGCUACUGGAGACUCAAUGACCAACUUCGGGUAGAGAGAGGCUACCCGCUAAGCACAGCUGAGCGCUGGAUGAACUGCUGAUGUUUAGGGCGAGGCUCUGGCUUACAACUUUCAGAGGCAGGGCAGGCCCUUCUCUGAGCAAUUGAGAUGUGCUGUUGUUUUUUUUUAAGAGACCCCACAGCGACACCUACAGGUGAUGCACAAGAGCAAGUCUUCUGAAUGGGACCAACUUGGGCAGAGGAGCAAAGAAAACCACUGAUUUUGUGGAAACUACCUUUUUAAAAAAAAAAUUAAAAAUUAAAUGCUGGAUUUAAAAAAAAACAUCUGGAUGAUCUCGGAGGCAACAUAGCUGCAGAAGGGACUAGCCCAGUUUCAGGAUUCAGGAGACCUUGGAGACUAAAGCUAAGAAGUCACUCUGUAGAAUAGUAAUUCAAGAUCAGAGGUUGGUUGUUUUUUUUUAAGGGAACUUUAAGGGCAUUUUAGAAGUAUCAUUCCUUGCUCUAUGGCUAUGUCUAGUCAAAUAGAGCUGCAGAGUUUUAGAGUAUUGAUGGUUCACUGUUACUUGUAUCUCUGUCAAAAGAAACAUUGAAAAAAUGUUAAAACUGAAAUCACAAGGAAAAUGUAUGGAAUAUCCUGGGGUAGAGGAGUAUAUCUCUUGCAAUGCAUGCACACAUACAUAUACAUGCCGACACACAAACAUCACUGUUAGGGCAAACUGCAGAUUCCAUGGUAAUAAUUUAAUCUCAUAUAUCCAGCAGGAUGACUGAGGGCUAGAAUGUUGCUUCCAGUUAUGCAAAGUGUACCGGGUUUCCAAUAAAAAAAAGAAUAUUGUUCUAUAUGUA